AUGUAUGCACAGUUGUGGUGUGUCUGCAUAGUUGUUGUAUCAGCCCUUGCUGAUGACCAGCUUGUGAAUGACUGUAUCCUGACCGGUGGAGACAAGAAGUCGGCAGCAGAACAAGCUCUCCACCAAAGACUGGCUCCUCUGAAGAAUAUGAGUUUCCAGGUCAGCGUUAAGAAUGGUGAAGAUUCCUACAUGUACAAGUUUGUAGUGUGUGGCCGAGUUGAUUCCAGCACACCCUCAAAUGCAGGACUGGUACAAUCCAAAACGGGCUCAGCAGAUACCGUGAUUGGUCGCAUCAAUGACACCCACAUCAUCAGUGGAACGGAUUGGAUCAUGCUAUUCUACAAAUCUGGAGACAAGUAUGACAAUCACUGUGAUAAAGAAUCAAGGCAGGCCAUGGUCAUGAUAUCCUGCAACAAGAACACCCUGGGGGCUGGAUUUACGAUAAUUAGCGAGGAGAGGAACAAAACAAACAAUUGUUUCUAUCUGUUUGAGAUGGACAGUAGUGUCGCUUGUCCAGCGGAGGAAUCCCAUCUCAGUGUGGGCUCCAUUCUUCUCAUUGUGGUUUGCGUGUUAGUUGCAGUUUAUAUCAUCGGUGGAUUCCUUUAUAAGCGUUUUGUCGUUGGAGCUAAAGGGAUAGAACAGUUCCCCAACAUCACUUUUUGGCAAGAGUUUGGCAACCUGGUAGCGGACGGCUGUGACUUUGUGUGCCGAUCUCGGCCCCGGUCUUCAGAAACCGCCUACCGCGGAGUUGGAGAUGAUCAGCUUGGAGAAGAGCCAGAAGAAAGAGAUGACCACUUACUACCUAUGUGA